AUGGCCGACGAAUCGGCGGCUUUUGCCGCCGCUGCUGCUAUAGUCAAGUCUAUAGGCACCGAACCAAAGACUGCGAGCCCCAGUCCCCCCGGCGUUGGGUCCCCCUUCAAGCUCCCAGGUCGAGAUAGCGCAGCCAAGGAAUCACUGGAACGAGAACUAUCGGCACUCGCCGCCCGAGUCCAACGUCUCGAGGCGAAAGCUAGCAUAGCGAAUGGCCCCAUAUUUCCGGAUACGCCGAACGAGACCGUCGAGUCUUUGUUUGGCGAUGAGUCCGCGUCCCCCACUAUGAAUGGCAGGUCAGGCCUCCGAUCGAAGCUCGCGCCCAUUACCAGCGUUCGGAACGCUUGCGUCGACGAUCGUACCAUCAAGACUAUUCCCUUGACAGACGAGGCGUUGGAAGGCCUCCGUGAACAUAUCGACGACCAGUCCAAAUUGCUCGACAACCAACGCCAGGAGCUUUCCAACGUCAACGAACAACUCGUGCAGCAGAAGAACCUGCAGGAGAAGGCUCUCCGAUUACUGGAAGAGGAACGUGUUGCGGCUCUGGAGAGGGAACUAUGGAAACAUCAGAAGGCCAACGAGGCCUUCCAGAAGGCUCUGCGCGAGAUCGGAGCAAUCGUCACUGCAGUGGCUCGCGGCGACCUGAGCAAGAGAGUGCGGUUGAACGAAGUCGAAAUGGAUCCGGAAAUCACUACUUUCAAGCGGACUAUCAACACCAUGAUGGAUCAGCUGAUGGUCUUCUCAAGCGAAGUGUCUCGUGUGGCUCGCGAGGUCGGCACCGACGGCAUACUUGGUGGCCAAGCUACAAUCGACGGAGUUGACGGCACAUGGAAAGAACUGACUGACAAUGUGAACGUGAUGGCGCAGAACCUCACUGAUCAAGUCCGCGAAAUUGCAUCGGUUACCACUGCCGUCGCUCAUGGCGACCUGACCCAGAAGAUCGAACGACCUGCCAAUGGAGAAAUUUUACAACUUCAACAAACUAUCAAUACCAUGGUGGACCAAUUACGAACCUUUGCAGCUGAAGUUACUCGCGUCGCUCGUGAUGUAGGGACGGAAGGUAUGCUCGGCGGGCAAGCCGAUGUCAUGGGUGUGCAGGGCAUGUGGAACGAGCUGACUAUCAACGUCAACGCUAUGGCCAACAAUCUCACGACUCAAGUGCGAGACAUAGCUAAGGUCACAACGGCUGUCGCCAAAGGCGACCUUACACAGAAAGUUCAAGCCGAAUGUAGGGGCGAGAUCUUCGAACUGAAGUCGACCAUCAACUCCAUGGUGGGCCAACUCCAGCAAUUUGCAUCCGAGGUCACCAAGAUUGCCAGAGAAGUCGGCACAGAAGGGCGCCUAGGUGGCCAAGCUACUGUUAAUGACGUGCAAGGCACCUGGCGCGAUCUCACCGACAACGUCAACGGCAUGGCCAUGAACUUGACGACCCAAGUCCGUGAAAUCUCCAAGGUGACGACGGCUGUAGCCCGCGGCGACCUCAGUAAGAAAAUCGCCGUCGAGGUCAAGGGCGAAAUCUUGGAACUUAAAAACACCAUCAAUUCCAUGGUUGACCGACUUAGCACCUUCGCAUUCGAAGUUAGUAAAGUCGCCAGAGAAGUUGGGACCGACGGAACCCUCGGCGGCCAAGCUCGAGUGGACGACGUGGAAGGGAAAUGGAAGGACCUCACCGAAAACGUCAAUACGAUGGCGUCAAAUUUGACGUCCCAAGUUCGGGGGAUCUCAACCGUCACACAAGCAAUCGCCGACGGAGAUAUGAGCCAAAAGAUCGGAGUUGUAGCCAAGGGCGAAGUGGCGGUGCUCAAAGAAACCAUAAACAACAUGGUUGAUCGUCUGUCAGUUUUCUGUAAUGAAGUGCAACGAGUAGCCAGGGAUGUGGGCGUCGACGGCAAGAUGGGUGGCCAAGCUGAUGUUGGGGGCCUCAAGGGCAGGUGGAAGGAGAUUACAGCGGAUGUGAACACCAUGGCGACAAACUUGACCACUCAAGUGCGAGCAUUCGGCGAUAUCACUAAUGCUGCUACCGACGGAAACUUCACCAAAGUGGUCGACGUUGAAGCCUCGGGCGAAAUGGACGAACUUAAACGCAAGAUCAAUCAAAUGGUGUAUAACCUACGGGACAGUAUCCAGCGAAACACGCAAGCACGAGAGGCUGCCGAACAAGCAAACAAGACGAAGUCCGAAUUCUUGGCCAACAUGUCCCACGAGAUUCGAACCCCCAUGAACGGUAUCAUCGGAAUGACACAGCUGACACUGGAUACCGAUCUCACUCAAUACCAGCGAGAAAUGCUAAAUAUCGUGAACAACUUGGCCAACAGUCUGUUGAUUAUUAUCGACGAUAUAUUGGAUUUGUCCAAGAUUGAGGCCAAGAGGAUGGUCAUUGAAGAGAUUCCGUACACAUUGCGUGGAACUGUUUUCAAUGCCCUCAAAACCCUAGCUGUCAAGGCUAACGAGAAGUUCCUCGAUCUUACAUACCGUGUUGACAGCUCGGUUCCCGAUUACGUUGUGGGAGACUCCUUCCGACUUCGACAGAUUAUCCUGAAUCUGGUUGGAAAUGCUAUAAAGUUCACCGAACUCGGCGAAGUGAACGUGACGAUCCGCAAAGCCUCGAAUGUCCAGACCAAGGCCUGGAACGAGUAUGCACUCGAGUUUAUCGUGUCCGAUACGGGCAUAGGAAUCCCGCAGGACAAGCUGGACCUCAUCUUCGACACAUUCCAGCAAGCCGACGGAUCGAUGACACGCAAGUUCGGAGGAACUGGUCUAGGAUUGUCGAUUUCGAAACGACUCGUCAGCCUCAUGGGCGGAGACGUUUGGGUUAAGAGCCAGUUCGGCAAAGGCAGCUCGUUCUUCUUCACCUGCGUGGUCAAACUGGCGCAAGGGGAGUUGUCUUACGUCGAGAAACAGCUCAAGCCGUACAAGGGCCAUCAGAUCCUCUUCGUCGACAGAGGUAAGACCAAGUACGGCAAAGAGAUUGUGUCCAUGUUGGCAGGCCUUGGACUGGUCCCUGUCGUGGCAACCCAAGAAAGCUACCCGGCUCUGCAUUCUGGAUCUGAAGAGCCGCCAUACGACGUUAUUAUUGUCGACUCUAUUGACACCGCCCGACGUCUUCGUGCAAUUGACCACUUCAAGUAUCUGCCGAUUGUUCUGCUUGCUCCGGUAGUCCAUGUUAGUCUGAAGUCGUGCUUAGAUCUUGGCAUCACGUCUUACAUGACUACACCAUGUGAGCCCAUCGAUCUUGGAAAUGGCAUGGUCCCGGCACUUGAGAACCGCGCCACACCCUCGUUAGCGGACAACACAAGGUCAUUCGAAAUCCUGCUCGCCGAAGACAACACUGUCAAUCAACGUCUUGCUGUGAAGAUCCUAGAGAAGUACCACCAUGUCGUCACGGUCGUCGGCAAUGGCCUGGAAGCAGUCGAGGCCGUCAAAGACAGGAAGUUCGACGUCAUUCUCAUGGACGUGCAAAUGCCCAUAAUGGGUGGAUUCGAAGCAACGGGUAAGAUCCGCGAGUACGAGCGAAGUCUUGGCACGUACAAGACUCCCAUCAUUGCGCUGACGGCACAUGCCAUGAUGGGCGACCGAGAGAAGUGCAUUCAGGCGCAGAUGGACGAGUACCUAUCGAAACCUCUUCAACAAAACCACCUCAUCCAGACGAUACUCAAGUGUGCCACGCUUGGCGGAGCACUGCUAGAAAAGAAUAGAGAGCGGGAGUUGACGCGAGGAUCGGGCCAGGCUGCUGCAGUCAACCCUGACCAGGCGAGGGCACCGGCUGUGUUGCGGCCGAGUCUUGAAGCUCGUGCGUUAACGUCGGCCGAGCCACUGACAGGAAACGCUGAAAGUCCAGCGUUGGUAUCGGUGAAUCAUGGCGAUCCGCUCCAAAGGGCAUGUUCAAGUCUACCCGAUGUUAACAGAACAACCGACUAA